CCUCCCCCUCAGCCUCAAUCUUGAAUAGGUACUCUCAGUAUUCUCAACAAUAAAUAAAUUUCCUGCCACUUGAUACUCGCCUCAUCGCUUUACCACUCCAGAAAAAUGCGUGAGUGCAUCUCUAUCCACGUAGGUCAGGCUGGUGUCCAGAUCGGCAAUGCAUGCUGGGAGCUCUAUUGUCUUGAGCACGGCAUUCAGCCGGAUGGGCAGAUGCCCAGCGACAAGACCAUCGGUGGAGGAGAUGAUUCUUUCAACACAUUCUUCAGUGAGACGGGAGCAGGAAAGCACGUCCCCAGGGCUGUGUUUGUAGAUCUGGAGCCCACCGUCAUCGACGAGGUACGAACCGGAACUUACCGUCAGCUGUUCCACCCCGAGCAGCUCAUCACAGGAAAGGAAGAUGCUGCUAACAACUACGCUCGUGGUCACUACACCAUCGGCAAAGAAAUCAUUGAUCUGGUUCUGGACAGGAUUCGCAAACUGGCUGACCAGUGCACAGGCCUUCAGGGGUUCUUGGUCUUCCACAGCUUUGGUGGUGGAACCGGUUCCGGCUUCACCUCUCUGCUGAUGGAGCGUCUGUCUGUUGACUAUGGCAAGAAGUCCAAGCUUGAGUUCUCCAUCUACCCCGCCCCACAAGUCUCUACUGCUGUGGUAGAGCCCUACAACUCCAUUCUGACCACACACACCACCCUAGAACACUCUGACUGUGCCUUCAUGGUAGACAAUGAGGCCAUUUACGAUAUCUGCCGUAGGAACCUCGACAUCGAGCGUCCUAGUUACACCAACCUCAACAGGUUGAUCAGUCAGAUCGUGUCCUCCAUCACAGCCUCUCUCAGGUUUGAUGGUGCCCUCAAUGUCGAUCUAACUGAGUUCCAGACCAACUUGGUGCCGUACCCUCGUAUCCACUUCCCAUUGGCUACAUAUGCCCCAGUGAUCUCAUCAGAGAAGGCUUACCACGAGCAGCUCUCUGUGUCUGAAAUCACCAAUGCUUGCUUCGAGCCGGCCAAUCAGAUGGUGAAAUGUGACCCACGUCACGGCAAGUACAUGGCUUGCUGUCUGCUGUACCGUGGUGACGUGGUGCCCAAAGAUGUGAACGCUGCAAUCGCCACCAUCAAGACCAAGCGCACCAUCCAGUUUGUGGACUGGUGCCCCACUGGUUUCAAAGUGGGUAUCAACUACCAGCCCCCCACUGUUGUACCAGGUGGUGACCUGGCCAAGGUGCAGAGGGCCGUGUGCAUGCUGAGCAACACCACAGCUAUCGCUGAGGCCUGGGCCCGUCUGGAUCAUAAGUUUGAUCUGAUGUAUGCCAAGCGUGCCUUUGUGCACUGGUAUGUGGGUGAGGGUAUGGAGGAGGGAGAGUUCUCAGAGGCCAGAGAGGACAUGGCCGCCCUGGAGAAAGAUUAUGAGGAGGUUGGUGUUGAUUCUGUUGAGGGCGAAGGAGAGGAGGAGGGAGAGGAAUAUUAAAAUGUUGAGUGAAUGUCUGAAACUGAAGACAGUAGACCGUUAAUUUACACACAAUAUACAUAAGGUAUUAAGUGUAAAGUCUACUCUUAAAUGUCAGAGACAAACUCUUGAUCAGUUGUCGUGUUAUUAUGGCCAUUAUGAUUAUUAUUUGUGGAAUUUUCUUGCCAAAUUUUGAAUUGUGACGAAUAAAGUGAAGGUGAUGUUGAAA